CCAUCAUGUUCCUUUACCAGCUGCUCAACUUUUUUUUUGCAGCCUCCAAAAAGGAGGAGGACUCCAAGUAUGACCUGUCCCUGUACAAGCGUGGAGACUUGCUGGAGGUGCCCCGGACGCUCUUCACACAUUUCGGUAUUUACCUGGGUGACAACCGGGUGGCUCAUCUCAUUCCAGACAUCCUGCCUGCCAUCACUAAAGAUAAAUCUGCAAUAGCCAAGAUGGUGACAAACAACCGCCUGUUGAUGGGCGUCGUCACCAAGGUGGCCAGCGUCAGAGUGGACUCUGUGGUGGACUUUGCGUACGGCUCUGACAUCCUGAUCAACCACAUGGACAAAGUGUGCAGCCAGCCUCCACUGGAUGGGGAUGAUGUGGCACGAAGGGCUGAGAAGCUGCUGGGAUCCGUCACCUACAGCUUGCUGUGGUACAACUGUGAACAUUAUGUCAUGUACUGCAGAUAUGGCAUGGCCAUCAGCUACCAGACAUACCAGUUCUGCACCUCGGUACGUAAGAUCGUGUUCAGCAGGAUGAGCGCCUACCUGACGGCACUGUGCGGCGUGAGCUUCAUGCUGUACCUGAGCUGCGUCACGCCGCUGACCGUCCUCCUCACCGUGCUCAUCUCCUUCACCAUCUGGAUGGCUUCAUAGGCUCAUCGUGUGAAAUAGACUAUAAAUGAUGUCCAGCAAAAUCUAAACAAUAUGCAUCAGGAACUCCUGGUUAUAAUUUUUUGCUUGCUAUUACAGCAGGGAUAGAGGUUUAUUCUACAUUUGUUUGGACUUCAGUUGUUUUUUUUUACUGUUGUGUACUGACUGGAUAAUAAUUUGCAAUAAGAAUUGGUACUGCUUUAAAUGUAUUUUGAAUUAAAUGUGUAAGCAUUCAGCUCAAAUGUUCAUGGGUUUCAGGUCGCAGAUUUUGGAUUUCUUUCCAUUAAAUAAAGUCACAACAACUUUAGUACAUGAUGAAGGUUAAUGGAAGGGUCAGCAAAAUCACUUUUCCUAUUUUCAGAGUCAAUAAUCAAACAUGUUUCAGGUUGUCAUGAAGUAUGUUGUUAGACUGCAUUCUUUUUGUGACGUGAUUGUGGUAAAUGUGAACAGAACGUGUCACAUGCUUCCCGACUCUUCACUGAACAUUAUGUGCUGCAUUGUUCUGGAACAAUAAUAAAUUAUUGAUUACA